AUGCACGUGCGCGUCAAGCGCGGCACGAAGACGUUCUUCAUCCUCGUCCACCCCUCGGAGACGAUCAUGGAGCUCAAGCAGAAGAUCCAGAGCGCGACGGAGAUUGACUUCCCCCCUACCGGGCUCCACAUCGAGCGCCAACGCCUCACCUCCGGUCCGAACAUGGCGCGCGUCCUAGAAGACCGCUACCAGCUCUCGCAGCUGAAAGUGGACAACGACCAGGUGUUAGCGCUGACGAUACGCGCGGACGGGGAAGACGAGAGCGCGUACGAGGACGUCGUGAUAUGCGAGAUCGGGACGCCGGAGGCUGAGGCGUGGAUCGCGAAGGAGGAGGAGGCGCGCGCCAAGGAGAGAGAGGAGACGGCGGCGCGAGACGCGGCGGAGGCGGCGGAGCGCGCGGCGCAGAUGAAACUCGACGACGUCGUGAAUAGGGAGAAAGAAGGAGGAGGAGGAGGAGGAGGAGAGGGCGCUGACGGAGACGGUGACGUCGUCGCGGAGGGGGAGGAGGAGGCGGCGGCGAAGAAGGAAGAGGAGACCCCCGCGGCGGAUGAUGAUGAGCCCGCGGCGGCGGCGGCGGAAGAUCCCGCGGCGGCGGAGUAG